UGAACCCAUUUCUGUUGCGACGGUAAAAUAUGUCCGACAGAGAAAUGAAACCAUUUAAUCGAAGUUUGAGAAGUUUUGUUGCUAGCUAGUUAACUCUUAAACGUGUAUUUGUAUACAGCGCUAUAUAUACACACACAUAUGUGCUUAAUGUCGAAUUCAUGUCAAAAAUGAACUUUAAAAUAGCGUUCUUGAUAUCCGCGGUGUUUUUACUGGCAGUGUCGGAAGCAGAUGAGAUGCUGAGUAUACCAGGAGGAAAGCUGAUAAUGGGAACCAGUGCAGCUGACGGGAGAGAUGGAGAGGGCCCCACCAAGGAGGUUGAACUGCAGCCUUUUCAAAUAGACAAAUACCCUGUCACAAAUGGUGAUUUCAGAGACUUUGUGAGAGCGCAGAAGUACAAAACUGAAGCUGAGACGUUUGGUUGGAGUUUUGUGUUUCAAGAUUUUGUGUCAGAAGAGCUGAAGAGCAAAGUCACACAGAGAAUCGAGUCUGCUCCUUGGUGGUUGCCUAUAGAACGGGUGUUUUGGAGACAGCCUGCAGGACCUGGUUCAGGCAUUCGGGAGCGCCUGAGCUUCCCGGUGGUUCAGGUGAGCUGGAAUGACGCUCAGGCCUUCUGCCGGGGGAAGGGCAAGAGACUGCCUACUGAGGAGGAGUGGGAGUGGGCUGCACGAGGGGGGCUGCAAGGUCGGACUUAUCCGUGGGGUAACAAGUUCCAGGCAAACAGAACCAACCUGUGGCAGGGAUCGUUUCCAGAUGAAGACACUGCAGAGGAUGGGUACCAUGGCGUAUCUCCUGUCACAGCAUUUCCUCCUCAGAACAGUUAUGGACUGUAUGACAUGAUGGGAAACACAUGGGAAUGGACAGCCACACCCUUCCCAGCAGCACAACCAAUGUAUGUGCUGCGUGGUGGCUCCUGGAUUGACACAGUGGAUGGUUCAGCCAAUCAUAAGGCACGCAUUACGACCAGGAUGGGCAACACUCCUGACUCUGCCUCUGAUAACCUGGGAUUCAGGUGUGCUGCCAGCAAUGGACAGAAACAAGGGAAGACAAAAGACAAAACUGAACUGUAGCAACAAAUGGGAAGUUAAAAUAAUAAUGAUCUUUUGAACCAAACAAAAGAACAAGCAAAAAGGAAAAGGACCAAUUAAGUACCAAUGACUAACAAUGAGUUUUAAUGAAUAAUGAUGGUGACAGACAGAUGUGAGGGUAGAAACAAACUGUAUUUCUCCCAUGGAGAACUUAGAUUUUUUUUUUUUUUAUUAAAUUGAAGAAUAGGAACAAACUACUAAUAACUAACAUUCAAGAAAUAAAUAAUUUUACAAAGAAAAAAAGUCCUUUGUAACUGUUUUUCCAUAACGUAGUUAUACCAAAACAAUAAGAAUAUAAUGCUGAUAAUUUAUGGGCAUGACUGAAGAGACUUGUUCACUGAAUGGAAGAAAUAGGACACUCUUUGACUGUCAUUGGCAGUUCCUUCUACACGCUGGGAUCUGUCUUUUGUUGAGCAUUUUUAUGUGACUGGAGAGUAAAUCGGUCCAUCGGUUUAGUCACAGCCUCCUAUAAUGCCGUCUUUGUCUUUUUGUUUCUUUCUCAUCCCUAAUGUCCAGCUGAGGCUGACUCAUUCUGUUAAACACCACAGACAAGAAGUUUUUUUAAUCUAAAUUCCAGUUUUAUUUAACUAUCAAGUAACUGUAUAUAAACCCAAGAUAGAAUUGAGUACCUUUGAGUUGGCCACACAAUCCAGAGGUAAUAUGCGUGUGGAGUGAAACAUGUUUUUAGUGACAUUGACAAAUGUUCACAAAAGGCAAAAUCAGAGCUGGCACUUUUGUUCUUGUAACAUACAGAAUGUGGACAGUGUUGCAAUUUUUAAAUGGAAAAGCAUGUAACAUGUAGUUUUUCCACACAAAAAAGCUAAUUGUAUAAAACUACUUGAAAUUGGACUUCUUCAUUUUUUUUUUUUAUUUCCCCUAAAUGCAGCCUCUUAUAUUAGUCACAUGAUGUGAAACUGUUGCUUAAUACAUCAGUAGUUCACAAGGAUUUACAUUCAUCUGGAUGAUUGCAGACCCUUCAAUACUGAAAACUUCACAACAAGAUUUGUAUUGAAGCCAUAGAUUAAACCCACACUGGGCUAAAAAUGAAAGCAAAGGUUUGACAUAUUCGCUUUCAGGUGGAGAGUUUAGUCAACAAUGUGACAAUAUAAUAAUAUUACCCCAAAUGUCAUGACACUAAGUUAUUUGCUGGGACAUGUUUGUUGCAAAACCUUAUCUAUAAAUACUGGCACAGAGAAAGUUUCCCACAUGCUCUUAUUAAGUUCAACCUAUUUAGAAUUGAAUGUAAAUUAUUGGAUAUGAUAAUGGAGAAAAUAACAGGUUUCGUCUGAAGACUGACUCCACCUAUGUACUUUAUUAAGCGGUGACCUACUUCCUGCAAAAUAUUAUACAGAGUGCAGCACAAAGACAUGUUUUUAGUUAUAAAAUGGGACAUGUUGAUGUGUCAUUGACUCAUCUCUGCUCAUGUACGUGGGAGAUUUGUCACCAAAAAUCACCCUCUUAGCCCAACUGCUCGGAAUGAGUACAACUGGUGUUUUCCCUGAUGCAUUUUAAUUCCAAAAAUAAAUUGACUAGGCAAUCCUA